UGCCUGUGUCCGUCUGAGGCAUCACUCCCACCGUACCCUGUCGCAACUACUGCGCAGCCACGGCCCAUCUACGCGUCUCACUCACUCCUGGACUGCUUCUAACAGCCACGACCGAUACGCGCCGCCGCCCUCAUGCUCGGCGACGAUGAAGACGUCUUCGACAGCGUAACCUGGGAGUCCCCAGCCGAACCGUCCAAUGACGUCGGCUAUGCUGCACCUUCUGGGCCAGGAUACAGGCAGAGCACAUCAGAAAGCGACGAGGGGCGCAGCCCGCACGAUCCGAAGUGGGAAGGGUACCUCAUAACAAGUGUGAAGGACCCAGUAAAGGAGCUCGCAGAGACGAAGGAUGCCUAUGUCUCGUAUUUGGUCUCUGCGAAGACCAACCUCUCGAUAUUCUCUACGCCCAAUCCUUCCUCCCGCCGGCGAUUCCAGGACUUCGUUUUCUUGCGUGAUCAUCUGGCAAAGGACUUCCCUGCAUGCGUAGUGCCGCCACUACCUGGCAAACAUAGACUUGAGUAUGUCACCGGAGACAGAUUCAGCCCAGAGUUUAUGGAGCGACGCCGUUCCGAUCUCCACCGGUUCUUGCAGCGCUUGGCGCGGCAUCCAACUCUGCAAAGGAGCACUUUGCUGCGUGCCUUCUUUGAGUCGACGGAAUGGCAUGUCAUCAUGCACCAGCAUGUCGCUCACCCGCCAGGGCCAGAAUCCUCUACAGGUGUCAUCGACAGUAUAUCCGACACGCUUCUCAACGCGUUCUCGCGCGUACGCAAGCCCGACGAGCGGUUCCUCUCCAUGCGCGAGUCGGUCGACAAGUUUGAGGAAGGCAUCACCGUCUCGGAGCGCCUCUGGACGCGUGUGCGCAACCGGACGAACGACGGCGGGGUGGACCCCGGCGAAGAUCUAACGGGAGACUACCACGACCUCGCUGUGGCCGUGCAAGGCCUGGGGUUCCUCGAAUCGGGCAUCACGGAUCAGCUGAACCAUUUCUCGAACACGCUGUUGGAGUUCUCUGCGUUGGUGCGGCACACGACACAUACAACAACCGACCCAUUCCUGAUCCACCUCCACUCUCUCUUGUCUUACUCCCAUGCCAACCGAGCAGUGCUCAAGCUUCGCGACCAGAAGCAGAUGGACUUCGAGGAGCUUUCAGACUACCUCUCUGGUGUCACUGCCGAGCGUGAUAGGCUUGCAGCCGUGAUCAGUGGUCAUGCAGGUAGCACUGGUCUCGGUCUUAGUGCCUACCUCAAGGAUCGGGUGGAUGCACUACGAGGCGCUGAUGACGACAGGAGCCGUGUGGAGAAGGCGCGCAAACUGGACACGAAGAUCAAGGAGCUUCAAGAUGCAGUCGCUACUGCACACGAGACGUCAGACGCGUUCAGCGAAGAGGUUCUGAGAGAGCAGUCGGUCUUCCAGUACUCCAAGGAAGCCGAGAUGAAGGAGAUGUUGGGCAACCUCGCGGACGGGCAAAUAGAGUUUUAUAAGGCAGCGAUGGAAGAAUGGGAUCGGAUCAUACCCAUCAUACAGCGCAUUCGGGUGGAUGUCUGAAUGUAGUUGACGUCAGAUCUUGUUGGGAAGAGUUCAGAUGUAGCUUGCUUUCUAGUGUAUUCAUAGUGUGACGGACGAACUCUCCGUAUUGCAAUUAU